GCGAGCAAGAGUAUUUUAUUUGUUUAAAUAGAUAACAACAAUGGAAAUGCGAAUUCAAAAGGAGACUUUAUUGCUGUUGCAAGAUCCAGAACCAGGCUUUAUAUGUUCGCCGGAUCCAGAUAACUAUAGGUACUUCCAUAUUACUAUGGAUGGCCCGAAGGAUACACCUUACGCCGGCGGAAACUUUCAGUUGGAGUUGUUCCUUCCUGAUGGUUAUCCUAUGGUACCACCCAAAGUUCGCUUUCUUACCAAGAUUUAUCAUCCAAACAUUGACAGUCUUGGUCGGAUUUGCCUUGACAUUUUAAAAGAUCAAUGGAGCCCUGCACUACAAAUCCGCAAAGUUUUAAUUUCCAUUCAAGUUUUGCUUUCUGUACCUAAUCCUGACGACCCUCUUUCUGACGACGUUGCUGAGAUUUGGAAAACUAACGAGAAGUUGGCCUUAGAAAGAGCUCGCUGGUGGACAGAAAUAUAUGCUUGCAAAAAGAAGUAGAACGAAAACUGUAAAACUUUAUAAACUUUUCGCUUCCGAGUUUUUAUCUAUAAGCUUCAUUUAAACUGCUCAACCAUCUUAACGUUGUUAGAAUCAGCGUUAACAAACAGAAGAGCGGCCAUACAUUUACUUUGAAACGAGUUAAAUAUCGGCUUUAUUCUUUCCGUUGACCUCCGCGGCGAACCUAUCGAACUUCCCCCCUCCCCCGGGACACCCUUAUACUUAAGGAGAGCCGCUUCCAAUUGUCUCUGCUGUUCCAACGUCCAGGCCUCCCCUGCCUCCUUUCUCGCUCCUGACCGAUCUGAAUCCAAUAAUACUGAUUUCACUCGCUAAAAAAACUUUGCAGCUGGAAAUGCUCGUAAGUUUAACCUUCCUGAUAGAAGGCUU